CAGCCUGUCACUGCCAUUCCGCUCCGCGAAGAAAUCGCAGGGGAGCGCGUGCGUGCCUGCCGAGCUGAGCAGGGGCAGGCGCAAGUGCCGAGCGAAAGCAUCCCUCAAGCCGUCACCUCCCGCCGCGGCCGCUCCGUAGGAAGGAAGGAAGGAGGGGCAAUGGAGAGGGCGGUGCCGGUGCGGAAGCCGCACACCUCCACGGCCGACCUGCUCACCUGGUCGGCCACGGGCCCCGACGCGCCCGCCGGGGCCUCGCCCGCCGCCUCCUCCCGCCCCAGCCUCAAGCCGGCCGCGGGGAUCACGCCGGCGAUGUUCGGCGCACCGGUGAGCGAGCAGGAGGCCGAGGAUCUGAGCAAGAGUGAAAGGAAAUUUUGUUCUGGUUCGAAGUUGAAAGAAAUGAGUGGGAGUGGCAUCUUUGCUGAAAAGGGUGAAAAUGGUGAUUCAGAGGAUUCAAAAUCUGCUAACAAAACUUCCUUGAGGAUGUACCAGCAAACUGUGACUGGAAUAAGCCAGAUCUCAUUUAGUGCUGAUGGAAGUCUUUCACCAAAGAAGCCAUCAUCGAUACCUGAGGUGGCUAAGCAGCGAGAGCUUAGUGGUACUCUGGAAGAUGCUGAUUCUAAAACCAAUAAGCAGCUUUCUGAAGCCAAGACCAAAGAGCUUAGUGGGAGUGACAUCUUUGGUCCGCCUCCUGAGAUUCCUGCCAGGCCAUUGGCUGCUCGUAACAUGGAGCUACAAGGAAAUGUGGACUUUUCACUUCCACAGCGAAGCGUCCACACAUCGGUUAAAGUAUCUAAUCCUGCUGGAGGACCAAGCAACAUCUCAUUCAGUGAAGAGCCUGUAGUGAAGACAGCAAAGAAAAUCCACAAUCAGAAGUUCCAGGAGCUGACAGGCAACAACAUAUUCAAGGAGGAAGCCCCUGCCUCGGCCGAGAAGUCUCUUAGCUCCGCGAAGCUGAAGGAGAUGAGUGGCAGUGACAUCUUCGCUGAUGGGACGCCCGCUCCUCGAGAAUACCUUGGUGGCGUCCGAAAGCCCCCUGGUGGUGAGAGCAGCAUCGCACUGAUCUAAUUGUUAUCGACUGCUCGAAUCCGGACUGGCUAGCUUCCCUCCUCACUGAAGCGCACAGUGUCUGCAUUUCUUGACCUUGCUCGAAUCUCAGGACUGGUCCUUGAAUCUGCAUGCUUUGGGGAUCUUAAUUUACGAUGAGUAUCUUUAGUCUAAUAUAAUGUAGAGUCAGCAGAAUCUGACUCGGUCACUUGGCUCGUAUCUGAUACGCCUGUGUGUGAUCUCAUCUUUGGUUUGUGCUACUCAUUAUGUGUUAGUCUCUCCGAACUGAGAACUUGUGAAAUAAGUAUUUUGGACUCAUUUCUGUUCUUA